AUUGGGGGGGGUGUUUCUGAGGGAAUUGGGGUUCUCCUGAGGGAACUGGGGUUAAGGGACUGAGGGGUUGGAGGCUAGUGGAAUCAGGGGUUACUGAAGGAUUGAUUAGGGGCUGGAGGGCCUAGAGCAUAAGGGACUGAGUAUCAGGUGCAGAGUGGGUGAGGGGAUGUGGUGUUAAAGAUUGAGGGACUUGGAGCUGGGGUAAUGACUACACACACAACCCGUAAUAAAAAUUUUUUUUUAAUUAUUUGAUAUUUUAUCAGUUUACUUAAAUAUCUUUGGAUUCAGACAGAGUUUGGGGGCGUUGUUUUUAAAUAAGGAAACGUCUAAAGAUGGUGCCAGGUGGAAGAAAACAUUCUGGGAAAUCUGGGAAGCCACCACCAGAGGAUCAGCUUAAAAAAGCCUUUGACUUUAAGAAAGAAGAUAAGGAUCUGAGUGCUUCAGAAGAGGAUGUUGCUGCCGAAAAUUCUCCAGCUGAUAAACGUGGGAAGAAAAGGCCUUCAAUAGAAAUAGUUGGAGAUAUGGGAGGUGAAGUACAGAAUAUGCUGGAAAAAUUUGGAGCUGGCAUUAACAAGGCUCUUCUUGCCAAGAGAAGAAGAAUAGAAAUGUAUACCAAAGCUUCUUUCAAAGCCAGUAACCAGAAGAUUGAACAAAUUUGGAAAACACAACAGGAACAAACGAAGAAGCUUAACAGUGAAUAUUCUCAGCAGCUUACGAGUUUGUUGCAGCAGUGGGACUUGGAUAUGCAGAAAUUUGAGGAACAAGAAGAAAAACUAAUUAAUCUUUUUCGACAACAACAAAAGAUUCUUCAGCAAUCUAGAAUUGUUCAGAAUCAGAGACUGAAAACAAUUAAACAGAUACAUGAGCAGUUCAUAAAAAACUUGAUGGAUGUUGAGAAGAAAAAUGAUAGUUUAUUUACUGGCACACAGAAUGAACUUAAAAAAGAAAUGGCUAUAUUGCAAGAAAAAGUUAUGAUGGAAACUCAACAGCAAGAGAUGGCAAAUGUUCGAAAGUCUCUUCAAUCCAUGUUAUUCUGAUGACUCUUUGAAGAAAGAACUUGAACCUAAGUAACAUGAUACAAUCAAAUUAGCUAAGAGGCACUUCUUUAGAAUUGAAAUUCUAGCUUAAAUUAUACUUGUAAUCACUAGCUUGUUUACUGCAAAACCUCUGUUCCUUUUAACUUGUGAGUACAUUGAAACAGCUGAUAAGUAGCAGCUAUUCCUAUGUAUUAAAUUUUCAGUUCUUUAGUUAUAGUACAUUUUUCUCUCCGCUGUUAACUUUUAACAAUAAAGAUUUCUAUUUAGGCUUUUG